AUGUAUUACAUUUCUCGGGAUGAUGUGAAGUUUUCCUCUGUUUCGGGAGCAAGGGAUGCUUCGACGGGGCGCAGGUGCAGCGUGCGGGAGAUCGCGCGGGCCCUCUAUGACGGUGGGCGGCAAUUCCUUUGGUCGCUGAGGAAGCCACCGCCCGAGGUGGAUCCCGGCGAGUACGAGGAUUUCGGGGAGGUUCUUCCAGAAGGGUUCGUCGGGCGGACGGAAGGGUUCGGGAGGGUGAUUGGGUGGGCGCCGCAGGCAGAGGUGUUGGGCCACCGGGCGGUGGAUGGGUUCGUGUCGCACUGCAGGUGGAACUCGAUGCUCGGGAGCGUGGGGGAAGGCGUGCCGAUGGCAGCGUGGUUGAUGUACACGGAACAGUCGUCGAACGCGUUCCAACUUGUGAGGGAGUUGGGGGCAGCGGUGGAGAUAAACAUGAUGUAUAAGAAGGGUGCUAAUAUGGUGGUGUCGGUUGACGAGAUAGAGAAAGGGAUCGGGCGGCUGAUGGAGGCCGGCGGUGGUGGUGUAGGGGUUAGGAUGGAGGAGUUGAGAGUCGAGGGUCGGGCUGCGGUGGCAAAGGGCGGGUUGUCGUAUGAGGCGGUCGGGAGGUUUAUCGAGGAUGUUAAGGUUAAUUGUGCAUCAAGUAUAGAAAAGGGAUAA